AUGUUUGAGUUUAUUUAUCGUACACCAUGGUAUAAUAGUAAUAUUCCAGAAGAAAACAGUGGGGUGAACAAUAUUAAUGAUGAUGUUAUGGAAUUACCAAUAUCAAUUCCUCUAAACGAUAAAGAUAAUACGUUGAUUUAUUCAUCUUACUCAUGUACGGGAAAUAUCAAUCGUGAAGCAGAAUAUAGGAAUCGUAUAUGUUUAUUUAGAAAUGUUUGCUAUGAUAAAAAAAAGGAAGUCAUAGUUUAUUAUAAACCAAAAAAUUCCCCAAAACGUCCUGUAUUAUUCGAAGCGAAACAUGGCUUAAUAUACGACUUUUAUUUUGGGAAACGUGGUUUCGUUCAAUUACAAGGACAUUCAACAAAACUGAAUACAUGGCAUCCCAUUAUCGUUGAUGAACAUAUUCCAUUGAAAAAUGUGAAAUAUUUGCAAAGUAUUCAUGUGCUAUGGAAUUAUUGGCAUCUACAAGAGUUUAAUCUUGGUCAUUUACUAUGGGAAGAUAUUGCAUCGAUUUAUUCGUCCAUGAUACGUUUAAAUGUUUAUACGAAAAAUGUAAUAGUGAUGAAUGUUAAUAAUCGUGAAUCGAAAAAACGAACCAUCUACAGUAUCUUCUUCUCACAAAUAUUACCGUCAUUUGUCAAAAAAUAUGUUACAUUCUCCGAUUAUAUGAAGCAGUUUCAUGAAGAGUUUAUUUGUUUUAAAAAUUUAUUAGCCGGUGGAAAUAUUGCUUUAUUCAAUAGUGACAAAGGAAUUUUAGGACAAGAAAAGAUUUAUUAUGAUUUUCGUACAAUAAUAUUAAAACAUCAUGGUGUUGAUUUGAAACGACCACCAACUAGACAUCUAAUUCUCUUAGUGAACAAAUCACAUUCCGAAUGGGGAGAGAGAAAUGGAAUAGCAACACGAAGAAGCAUCUAUAAUCUGAAUGAAAUUAAAAGUUAUCUUCAGAAAACGUAUAAAAAUAUCGAAAUUAAGGUUGUAAAAUUACAUCGUCUAUCCUUUCCUGAACAAAUAAAGUUAAUGUAUAAAACAACAAUUAUUAUAACACCAUGUGGUGGUAUCAGUGCAACAAUUCCGUUUUUACCACGUGGUGCUCACGCGAUUAUCAUGGAUUUUUAUAAUACAAAAAAACAUCGAGGUUGGAAUCCAGGUGAGUCAGGCUCAAUGGAGGGAUAUGUAUGGAACUACUUUCCGCAUUUUAAAAAAUUAUACUAUCAAGUUCGAGAUGAGUCAGAUUAUAUCAUGGAUUUACCGAACACAACAAAUACGCGAGAUUAUGCAUCGAUUAUUGUUAAUAUGUCAAGAUUGAAAAUGCUCGUUGAUACAGCAAUAGAAAAUUCAGCAUUUUCAACUUUAUAA